CCAAGAGGAAGAAGAAGAACAAACACAAGGGAAAAGUACGGGAAGCUGGAGUUGAGCUGAGCAACAGCAUCCGAGUAAAAAAUUCUUUGUUUUGAAUGAAGAUGGACUCUGAGGCUGUGGAGAUAGACGGCAGCGUGAUGGAAGGAGGCGGACAGAUCCUGAGAGUCUCGGCGGCGCUUAGCUGCAUCACCGGGUCCUCCAUCAAAAUCACCAAAAUCCGAGCCGGCAGAAGCACGCCGGGUCUGAGACCACAGCACCUGACCGGCCUGCAGCUGGUCUCAGAUCUGUGUUCUGGCAGUCUUCAAGGAGCCAGCAUUGGCUCCACUGACAUCAGUCUGACUCCUGGUAAAACCCGGGCUGGGAACUACACGGCUGACACGCAGACUGCAGGGAGUGUGUGUCUCCUGCUGCAGGUUGCUCUGCCUUGUGCUCUGUAUGCCGAUGCUGCCUCACUGCUGUGUCUGAAGGGAGGAACCAACGCAGAGAUGGCUCCUCAGAUUGACUACACUAUCAAGGUAUUCAAACCCAUUGUGGAGAAGUUUGGAGUCCAUUUUGACUGUGACAUCAGAAUGAGGGGUUUCUACCCUAAAGGUGGAGGUGAGGUCAUGGUGACGGUGAAUCCAAUCAAAGAGCUGACGCCUGUCACAAUGACUGAGAGAGGAAACAUCACAAAGAUCUAUGGUAGAGCUUAUGUUGCUGGAGUUCUACCUUUCAAAUUGGCUAAAGACAUGUCAGCUGCUGCUGUUCGAACCAUCAGGAAGGAAAUCAAAGAACUUUACAUCAACAUCCAGCCACAGCAAGAGAAGGAGAAGGCCUGCGGGAAUGGAAAUGGAAUAAUAAUCAUCGCAGAGUCCUCUACAGGUUGCGUAUUUGCUGGUUCAGCACUGGGAAAGAAAGGUGUGUAUGCAGAUAAAGUGGGUAUUGAAGCUGCUGAGAUGUUGCUGAAAAACAUCAGACACAAUGGCUGCGUGGACGAAUUCCUGCAGGACCAGCUCAUUAUCUUCAUGGCACUGGCAAAGGGAACGUCUCGGAUUCGAACUGGUGCUGUGACACUACACACACAGACAGCAAUUCACAUCGCAGAGCAGCUGACUCAGGCAAAGUUCACAAUAACAAAGUGUGAGGACGAGCUGAGCAGAAACAUCACCUACAUCAUCGAAUGUCAAGGAUCAGGAGCGGUGAACCCCAACCUGUAGCAGAACACGCUGUGCACACACUGACCCCACGCUUGGUAGCUGCUCCUAACGUGGCCGACCCUCUUAGUUUCUGUCUCUCAGGGUUUUUCCAUAAAUACUGUAAUAAAUAAAUAAAUCUCCUCCUUGUG